GACCAUUCACCUUACUCUCAUGAACAUCCUCUUGACAUGAAUGGAAAAUCAAGAUACAACGCUGAGUUCUCACAGCUGCCAACGGCGGAUACUGACGAAGUGGAGGGAACAGCAUUGUUUGACGAAUCAAGAGAAAUCGAAGAGGAAUUGCUCCAUGGACAAAUUGCCAUGCCACCAGAAGCCAGGGGAGAUAACCCACUGGACGCUCUAAUCACAAAAGUGGGAUACGGCUCAUUUCAGAAAAAGCUUCUGGUUCUUUGCGGGUUUGGUUGGCUUGCUGACAAUAUGUGGCUACAGUGUAUUGCCAUUAUAUUACCCCGAGUGCAAGAUCAUUUCGAUGUUGAGGACCGUCUCAUUGGAACGCUUUCAAGUUCCAUCUUCAUGGGAAUGAUGUUUGGAGCCUUAUUCUGGGGUACUUACUCAGAUUCCAAUGGACGAAAAAUUCCAUUUAACACUACUCUGGCCAUAACUGCUCUAUUUGGUAUUGCAUCCAGCUUUGCUCCUACUUUUUGGAGUCUGUGCUUGUUUUUAUUUUUCCUUGGAUUUGGAGUAGGUGGAAACAUGCCAACUGAUGGUGCAUUGUUUCUUGAAUUCCUUCCAAAAUCUCAUCAUUACUUGCUGACGUUUAUGUCGGUUUUCUUUUCGUUUGGCGCGGUUAUUGCGUCGAUAUUAGGUUUUCUCAUCUUGCCAUACACAAGCUGUCCCGAAGGCUCAGCUGAUGACCAAAACCCACCAUGCGACGUUUCAGUCCAAAAUAGGGGUUGGCGGUACAUGCUCCUCGCCACAGGUAUUGUGACCUUAUUCAUGGUCGUGUGUAGAUCAUUUCUCUUCCACCUUCCGGAGAGCCCCAAGUAUCUUAUCAGCCGACAUCGCAAACGUGAAGCUGCACAAGUGUUGCAACGGAUUGCAGACGCCAAUGGACACAAAAUGACCAUUACAGCUGCUGACUUACCAGACCCGUGCCGUCCAGUGAAAAUGUUCGCGAUAAUCGAUAGCGAUGACGAGUUGGAAGAUGGUCCAAAAGUCCGUUCCAGCGACUCGUAUAGUGAUACAAGCCCAAUUCUAUCACCAGCCAACCCAGACGCCAAGCUUGAUACUCCACGAUCCUUCGCUGAGAAAAUUAAAACCGCUAUGAAUCCGGAAAAGCUACAAUUGCUGUUCAAUGAGAAGUGGCGAGUCACAACCAUUUUAGUUUGGGCCAUUUGGACCUUCACGGCCGUGGCAUAUACUAUGUUCAAUGUCUUCUUACCAAAGUAUUUGGAGAUGCUUGGUUUCGCUGGAGAAGCACCUCCUACUAGAGCAGAUGUUUACUGGGAUUAUAUGGUGUAUUCCAUUGCUGGAGUGCCUGGCUCAGUGAUUGCAUCUUGGAUGAUUGAAACAAGAUUGGGUCGGAAAGGAACCAUGGCUUUGUCUGCCUUUGGAUCUGCAGUCGCAUUAUUUGUCUUUUCGGUCAUCAGCUCACGCAUAACUAUGUUGCUGUCAUCGUCGGCUGUAUCGUUUUUGGCAACAUUAUUAUACGCAGUCAUUUACGGCUAUACACCAGAAGUGUUCACCACCGAAGUACGAGGAACUGCAGUAGGCACAGCAUCCGCUCUGGGAAGAAUUGCCGGUAUUAUCAGUCCUAUCGUGUCCGGAAUUUUACUCACUAUCAGCACCGUUCUUCCCCUGUACGUCAGCGUCGUUGGCUUCAUAUUGGUCGGCGGUUGUGUAAUGCUUCUCCCCGUAGAGACGAAGAAAGCAACUUGACCCAUUUUUGUCGUCGCAUUAUCAUAAAGCUCCCUCCCCCCACAGUGUAGAUACCUCUUGAUCUCUUCUGAGGUCAUAAUAGAAUUG